AUGGCGACCUCCGGAGGGAAAUCUCGACGGGAGGAACACAGCGACAACUCUGACGACGAACUACUACCAUUAGCUAAUGACACUUACGGGGGCAGCCAAAGAACAGUACAAGAGACGAAAGGAUGGGACGUCUUCAGAGAAUUCCCGCCGAAGCAGGACAGUGGGUCUAUGGAGAGUCAAAAAUGUUUGGAGUUCACUGUUAGGAUUCUGAAAAUUUUUGCAUAUGCUAUAACAUUCAUCGUUGUACUCGGUUCCGGUGUUGUGGCAAAAGGCACAUUACUUUUCAUGACUUCACAAUUAAGAAAAGAUAGAAGGAUAGCGUAUUGUAAUAGAAAUUUAGGUAGAGAUAAACAAUUCGUCGUCAGUCUGCCGGAUGAAGAAAGAGUUGCUUGGAUGUGGGUAAUCUUGGCUGCUUUUGCUAUACCUGAGAUUGGAGCCUUCAUCCGUUCACUUCGAAUAUGUUUCUUUAAAUCGUCGAAACGACCGAGGAGUAUACAAUUUAUCGUGGUCUUCAUAGCGGAGUCACUGCACACGAUAGGUCUGGCCCUAUUAUGUUUCAAGAUAUUACCGGAACUGGACGUCGUGAAGGGUGCAAUGAUAACAAACUGCCUGUGCAUCGUACCAGCGAUACUCGGCCUUCUCUCCCGGAAUUCUCGCGACUCGAAACGAUUUGUGAAAGUUAUCGUCGACAUAGCAGCGAUUGUCGCGCAAGUCACUGGCUUCAUUGUGUGGCCGCUUCUCGAGAACAAACCCGUGCUAUGGCUCAUUCCAAUCUCGGCUCUAUGUAUAUCUCUUGGAUGGUGGGAAAAUUACGUGACCCGACAGAGUCCGAUUGGUAUAAUGAAAAGUUUAGGCAGACUGAAAGAAGAAUUAAACCAAUCCCGUUACUACAUCUACCGAUUGAUAUCCGUCUGGAAAAUCAUCCUUUUCACGUUGUGCAUUAUGAUGUGUAUUUGGAUGGACGGUGAUGAUCCAGCAAUGUUCUUCCAAUUAUUUAAAGAAGGCUUCGGUCCACACAACAUUGUAGUCGAAGAGGUCCAAAUCCAGCUAGGCGGUACAAUAAUUCCUGAUCUGGCUAACGCGACCCUCACAGGAGACUCAGUAGAAGUAGCUGCGGUCCACAAAUCCGCAUUUUACGUCCUUUUGAUACAAGUCUUUGCAGCUUACUUCACUUACAUCUUUGGAAAGUUCGCUUGCAAAAUCCUCAUUCAGGGAUUCAGUUACGCUUUCCCGAUAAACUUGGUUAUACCGCUGGUAGUGAAUUUCUUGAUAGCAGCGUGCGGUCUCAGAAACGGAGACACAUGUAUUUUUCAUGGCACAAUACCCGAUUACUUGUUUUUCGAAAGUCCUCCAGUGUUUAGUCUUAGUGAUUUUAUAUCUCGUCAAAUGGCAUGGGUGUGGCUGUUGUGGUUACUCUCGCAAACAUGGAUUACUAUACACAUAUGGACGCCUAAGACGGAACGUUUGGCCUCAACUGAGAAAUUAUUCAUACUACCGAUGUAUAGUGGUUUACUUAUAGACCAGAGUAUGGCACUCAACAGAAAAAGAGAUGACCAUAAAGAUGUGAAAACUGAGGAUCUAGCAGAGAUAGAAAAAGAGAAAGGUGACGAAUAUUACGAAACGAUAUCUGUCCAUACUGACAACACCGGUUCCUCGCCUAAGACAGUGAAAUCCUCCGACUCGAUCACCAGAAUCUACGCAUGCGCUACUAUGUGGCAUGAAACUAGAGAUGAAAUGAUGGAGUUUUUAAAAUCUAUUCUGCGGCUAGAUGAAGACCAGUGUGCCCGCCGAGUUGCACAGAAGUAUCUAAGAGUUGUAGAUCCUGAUUACUAUGAAUUUGAGACACAUGUAUAUUUGGACGACGCAUUUGAAAUAUCUGACCACAGCGACGAAGAUUCUCAAGUGAAUAGAUUCGUGAAAUUGCUGGUGGAUACAAUCGAUGAAGCUGCCUCUGAAGUACAUCAGACUAUAAUUCGUGUCCGACCACCGAAGAAAUUACCCGCCCCAUAUGGAGGAAGAUUGACUUGGGUUCUGCCAGGAAAGACUAAAAUGAUUUGCCACUUGAAGGAUAAGUCGAAAAUUCGUCAUAGGAAACGUUGGUCACAGGUUAUGUACAUGUACUAUCUCUUGGGACAUCGGCUAAUGGAGUUGCCUAUAUCGGUGGAUCGUAAAGAAGUAAUGGCUGAAAACACAUACUUGUUAACUUUGGAUGGAGAUAUCGAUUUCCAACCUCACGCCGUGCGUCUACUUAUCGAUUUGAUGAAGAAGAACAAGAACCUGGGAGCAGCCUGUGGACGAAUUCAUCCAGUUGGAUCGGGUCCCAUGGUGUGGUACCAGUUAUUCGAGUACGCUAUUGGUCAUUGGCUGCAAAAGGCUACCGAACACAUGAUUGGAUGCGUACUUUGUAGUCCAGGAUGCUUCUCGCUGUUCAGAGGAAAGGCUUUGAUGGACGACAACGUCAUGAAAAAAUACACACUACGGUCAGAUGAAGCUCGGCAUUAUGUACAAUACGAUCAAGGGGAGGAUCGUUGGCUGUGUACCCUCCUGCUGCAACGUGGUUACCGAGUCGAGUAUUCGGCUGCAUCUGACGCUUACACACAUUGUCCCGAAGGAUUUAGUGAAUUUUACAAUCAAAGACGUCGAUGGGUACCCUCUACAAUCGCUAACAUUAUGGACUUGCUUGUGGACUAUAAACAUACGAUAAAAAUCAACGACAACAUCUCAUCGCCCUAUAUCGCUUACCAAAUGAUGUUGAUGGGUGGUACAAUCCUCGGACCCGGAACUAUAUUCCUUAUGUUGGUGGGUGCCUUCGUGGCUGCUUUUAGAAUCGACAAUUGGACUUCUUUCGAAUACAACUUGUACCCCAUUCUGUUAUUCAUGUUUGUUUGCUUCACGAUGAAAUCAGAAAUUCAGUUGCUGGUCGCACAAAUUUUAUCCACUGCGUAUGCCAUGAUUAUGAUGGCUGUUAUCGUGGGUACGGCGCUCCAAUUAGGAGAGGACGGAAUAGGCUCUCCAUCAGCUAUUUUCUUAAUAUCACUUUCAGGCUCCUUCUUUAUAGCUGCUUGCUUACAUCCGCAAGAGUUUUGGUGUGUCGUACCUGGUAUCAUAUACCUUUUGUCUAUACCGUCUAUGUACUUGCUUUUGAUUCUUUACUCUAUUAUAAAUCUCAACAACGUCACGUGGGGUACACGAGAAGUUCAAACUAAGAAGACUAAGAAGGAAAUCGAGGAAGAAAAGAAAGAAGCAGAGGAAGCUAAGAAGAAAGCAAAACAAAAGUCAUUACUCGGAUUCCUACAAGGCGUGAAUAGUAAUGAGGAAGAAGGAUCUAUAGAGUUUUCAUUCGCCGGUUUAUUUAAAUGUUUGCUCUGCACACAUCCUAAAGGCAACGAAGAAAAGGUUCAACUUCUACAUAUUGCGUCUACAUUGGAAAAACUAGAAAAGAAGCUAGAGAAUGUCGAAAGGGUUGUCGACCCACAUGGUCAGACAAGAAGCAGGAAACUUUCCAUCGGUCUGAGAGGAAGUACUAAUGGUGAUGGGUUGGUUACUGUAUCAGAAAGAGAAGAGGAGGAACAUGAUUCAGAUUCGGAAACUGAUACCAUGUCAACAGUUCCAAGAGAAAAAAGGGAUGACUUAAUUAAUCCAUAUUGGAUAGAAGAUCCAGACCUAAAGAAGGGAGAAGUUGACUUUUUAAGCCAGUCUGAGCUUUCAUUCUGGAAGGACCUUAUUGAUAAAUAUCUGUACCCCAUCGAUGCUAACAAGGAGGAGCAGGCUCGUAUAUCCAAGGACCUGAAAGAGUUGAGAGACACAUCUGUAUUUAAUUUCUUUAUGGUCAAUGCUCUUUUUGUCCUUAUCGUAUUUUUGCUACAAUUAAACAAGGACAAUAUUCACAUUAAAUGGCCCCUCGGAGUUAAAACUAAUAUUACAUAUGAUGAGGCCACUCAAGAGGCUCGAAUUGCACGUGACUUAUUAGAGCUUCGCAAUAAAUCAGUUUUUGCGUUUGUCAUGUUCAAUGCUUUAUUUAUAUUGAUAGUAUUCUUAUUACAACUCAACAAAGAUCAACUCCACGUGAUUUGGCCUUUGGGAGUAAAGACAAACAUUACCUACAUCGAGGAUACAGGCGAGGUAUUAAUCUCAAAGGAGUACUUGCAACUGGAACCUAUUGGUUUAGUCUUCGUGUUCUUCUUUGCAUUAAUUCUGUUUAUUCAGUUUAGUGCUAUGUUGUUCCAUAGAUUUGGAACUCUCUCACACAUAUUGGCUUCAACAGAGCUAAAUUGGUUCUGUACAAAGAAGUCUGAAGAUCUAUCCCAAGACGCAUUGUUAGAUAAGAAUGCUAUAGCAAUCGUCAAAGAUCUACAAAAACUAAACGGCCUGGACGACGACUACGAUAAUGAUUCUGGGUCGGGUCCACAAAAUGUCGGAAGAAGAAAGACCAUACACAAUUUGGAAAAGGCAAGGCAAAAGAAGAGAAACAUUGGUACUUUGGAUGUUGCUUUUAAGAAACGCUUCUUUAAUAUGAACGCCAAUGAUGGACCAGGCACGCCUGUUUUAAAUCGAAAGAUGACUCUGCGUAGAGAAACGUUGAAAGCUUUAGAAACGAGAAGAAAUUCUGUGAUGGCUGAGCGAAGAAAGUCGCAAAUGCAAACACUUGGCGCUAACAACGAAUAUGGAGUAACAGGAAUGCUGAACAAUAACCAUGGUGUUGCCCCUCGCCACAGAACAUCAACAGCUAAUAUAUCGGUAAAAGAUGUGUUUGGUGAACCAAAUGGUGGGAUGGUUAACCGAGGUUAUGAAACAUCCUUAGGUGAUGAGGACGACAGCAACUCAAUGAGACUGCAACCGAGACAGACCCAGGUCUCAUUUUCAACAAGAUUUCAGUGA